AUGGCUUUGAGAGCGUGUGGACGGAUCGCUGCGGGUUCCUCCUUUGUCUGUUCUCAAAUUGUUUUAUCACGCGUCCAAACCGCGUCACGUUUACUCCUGCCUGGGAGGAUUGACCGGACUUUUCCAGCCCGGUCUACUUCAUCUGAUGCACUGCGGAGCCGACUGAUGAAAGGCACAUUUACAGAGUUAGAGAGCGACUCUGCUCGUCUCCCAGCUUCAGUGCCUUCAGACAGUGGUCAACAAAUCGCAUUACUAAUGAGACACCCGGACCAGCCUCAAAAUGCCAAGGUUUUGCGAGUGUCUAUAAUUGGUGCUCCUAAUGCUGGGAAGUCAACAUUAUCCAACCAGCUUCUCGGUAGAAAGCUCUUUGCCGUUUCUAAGAAAGUCCAUACAACAAGGACACGUGCCAUGGGAGUUUUAACCAAAGACGAAACACAAAUAAUUUUACUGGAUACUCCAGGACUGACAACCCCUUCUAAAGUCAAAAGACACCAGUUGGAGAAGUCUUUACUCGUAGAUCCUUGGAACACUUUAAAAGAGGCUGACCUUGUGGUUGUUUUGGUGGACGUGUCCGACAGAUGGAUGUGUGGCAGACUGGACUUCGAGGUGCUCAAGUGUCUUGCUCAACAUCCUGAAAUCCCUGCCAUACUUGUUCUCAACAAGGUUGACCUUAUGAAAACUAAAGACAGACUGUUGAAUAUCACGGCCGAGCUGACAUGUGGCAUUGUAAAUGGCCGUAAAACACGGGUUCGACCAGUAAUCAAGCCUCCAUCAGCUGAAAAACAGGCCAAUGUAACGCCACAGUCCUCACCUAAUGUGAACAACACAGACCACGCUGUUGGGAACGCACUGAGUAAAGAACAGCUGCGGCAGCUGAGCUCUCAGAGAGGCUGGCCACACUUCAAAGACGUCUUCAUGCUCUCAUCCCUGGAUAAAGAGGACGUCGAGACACUGAAGGGCUACUUCCUGCUGAAAGCUAAACCAGGCGAAUGGCAGUAUCACAGUGAGGUCCUGACAGAUCAGACUCCUGAACAGAUCUGUACUAACAUCAUUAGAGAGAAACUACUGGAGUAUUUGCCUCAGGAAGUGCCAUAUUCUUUAACUCAGAGUAUAGAGCUGUGGCAUGAAGGGACAAACGGUGAGGUGGACAUAUCGGUGAGAUUGUAUGCAAAGAAAGAAACUCACAUGAGCAUGGUGAUUGGCGCAGCGGGACAGAUGGUGGCACGCAUUGCUCAAGAAGUGAGUGGGGAUCUCAGCAACGUCUUUCUGACAGAAGUCCGCCUCAAGCUCUCCGUCAAGUUAAAGAAAUAA